UUUUUUGGCGAUGAAAGUUGCGUUUAUCUGGUUUUAUUUUUUGGUGGUUUAAAUCUUCAAUCAAUUCUCUGAAUUAUACUCCCGAAGGGUUUUAAGGUAUAAAAUUCAGAAGACUUAAACAAUUUUGAUCAGUAUUCUGGAGCAGAAUUUUUUACUGAUUCAAGUGAUUUUUUUUAUCUAUCCCCCUUUUCAAUAGCCUUGUUUUAACGAAGAUGAAAUGCAAUCUAUUGUGUUGGUAAAUUUAGGAACAAAAUCUGACAAAGCGCAGAAUUUUUUAUUAGUUCAACAUAGAUAUUGAUGUAAAAUUAGGGAUGCAUACUAAAGGUCAAAACUGGAAUUAUUUCUUUAUUCAUUUAUGAGCAUAGCGAUGUUUUUUUAAAGGUGGAAUUAACUGUUUGGUUUUUGUUGAUUUGUGUAUUGCUUGUCGUCUUGAGUUCAUGGGGUAGGACAAUGAUCUCUACCUGCACAUGGUGUCCCAUUACUGUUACCAUCACCCUACAAUUUCUUUGUUUUUAGUUUUCUAAUUUUCCAUCUUUUUUACAGUGAUGUUUUUUGUCAUUACCUGAUCUAGUUUACUUCGAGAAACCUUGUUUGUUCCAAGAAAAAGUUGGGAGUUUUCCAUUUGAUUCGACAAUGAGACUGUAAUUUCUGUUUAUUUACUUAUUUUUUCCCUUGUAUUAAGUUCUUGGGUGACAGCGGUUGCGUGUGGGAGCAUUCAAUUACAAUUAAUCACUCUGUGGAUGUGUUUCUGUGGGAGGGCUGGUGAACAUAUAAUUUUCAUUGAAUUCCCUUUCAUGAAAGGGAGUUGGUGGGGGAAAGAAGGGGCAGGACAGAAUGGCUAAUGUGAGUGUACCUUAAUGUGUGUGUGAAUUGCAUAUGCAGCUCCAACCAUGACAUUCUCGUGAGAGCGACAAUGGCUGGGGGACCGGGACUGAGAUCAAGAAAGUGAGAUAAAAUAUCCAUGGGAUGCCAUUCUUGGCCUAGACAGCUUUACCAGUGGCCUAGUUGCUAUGUGAUCUGGGCUGGGGCAGAUGGUUGGAGUAAAUCCCAUUUGUAUUUCUUUGCUGGAUUUUGUGGAAUUGAAUGGUUUGAGAUCUGAUUGCCUGUAAAGAUAUUUUCAGAGUGGAAAGGAUCUCCUUUAAGAAGCAUUUGUUGAAUUGUCAAUAAAUUAAUUGGGUUCGGUGAUAGCGUGUCUCCUAGUGUGGUCAUGCUUGCAAUGAGAUGAUCACAAACAUUAAUGAGGUUUAGUUUGCUCCAUUUGGAUGGAUGUAUGUGAGUCAGAGAAAGCAGUGUGGAAGCAAUCUACAACAGUGACUUUGAGACGACCACUUGUUUCAGCUGACAACAAAAAUGCAGCCGCCACUCGAAGGUCCCGAACCAGAGAGGUUAGCUCGCGGUAUAUGUCGCCAACGCGAUCUGUCGUGGCUGCUCCAAAACGCUGCCCCUCACCAAAUGCCGGGAGGGCAUCCACUGCCUCAACCGUGCCCUUGCCAAAGAGAGCUGUAUCAGCUGACAGAAGACGCCCGACUACACUAACAUCACCACGUAGUCCUUCUCCAUCGACACCAGUGCAGGAUACAGCUGCCGCAACGCUAGUGAAACCAAGAAAGACAUUGGUUAAUAACUCAUUGCCAGAGUCUUUAUGGCCAUCUACAAUGAGAAGUCUCAAGGUUUCUUUGCAAUUCGAUGGUAAGAAAGAAAGCACGAUUUCUCGUAUGCCGUCUGAUCGAACUCUGAAGCCACCGUCAAAUGUAGCUCGCAAGAGCGAAACACCAUCUCCAAGGAAGCCCACACCAGAGAAGAAGAGAGGCCCUCUCAAAGGAAAGAACUCUACUGAUCUGUUGGAGAAUUCUAAACCUCUUGAUGGUUUACCAUCUUCUCUACUAGAUCAACAUCGAUGGCCAAGCAGAACGAGUGGGAGAGCAUCCUCUAUCGCUAGCAGAAGUGGUGCUACUGAAAAGGUAAACCAAACUUCUUUAUCUCAAUCUAGGAUGGCUACUACGCCUUCCUUCAGGAGAUUAUCUCUGGGUGGGACAAGUAGACCUGUAAGGAAAAGUGCGAGCGAUCUUAUUAUGCCUACGUCACAUGUUGAGAUCGAAAAGCUGAUGUUUUGUGGAAGUGCAUUUUAUGAUGAUUCGCAAAAGGUGCAGAGGCCUUUCUCUUCGAGUUCAUCAGAAAGAUCAUCAUCGAUGAGUGCAGUGGCUAGGACUCAGUCAUUGCCAAUCCCCAGAUCACGCCCCUCUUCACCCUCGGUGUCCAGAGUGGUCAGUCCAUCACGAGUCACAAUUGUUCACCCGCCUUCUAGAGGUUCUAGUCCUGCUAGGAUGAGGCCAUCGAGCCAAUCCAGACAACCUCAGGAUACUUCUGUACUUAGUUUUAUCGCAGAUAUUAAGAAAGGCAAGAAAGCUGCUAUUGACAUUCAAGAUGUCCAUCAGCUAAGGCUGUUGUAUAAUAGACAUUUGCAAUGGCGAUACACAAAUGCUCGAGUUGAUGCUGCAAUGCAUUCUCAUAAAGCGAAAGCAGAGAAAAUAUUAUACAACACAUGGAGGACAAUCUUAGAUCUGUUGGAUUCAGUCAGAAAAAAAAGAUCUAACCUCCAGCAGCUGAAGCUUAAGUUGAAGCUUUAUUCAGUUUGGGUCAAUCAAGCGAGUUGUCUUGUUGAGUGGGCUUCAAUUGAGAGGGACCAUACUAACUCAAUGACCUGGGCCAUCCACGAUUUGCAGGCUAGUACUCUUCGGAUUCCAGUUGCUGAAGGAACGAGGGUAGAUAUUAGAUCUGUCAAAGGAGCUGUAUGCUCUGCUGAUAAUGUGAUGAAGGCUAUGGCAUCCUCUUUACGCCCCAUUCUCCAUCAGGUAGAGAGUAUGAACUCCUUGGUAGCGGAACUUGCUGAUGUUGCAGCACGUGAAAGAGCUGUGCUUAAUGAGUGCGAAUCAAUUUUUUGUUCCAUAGCUGCUUUGCAGGUAGAAGAAGGCAGCCUGAGAACUCAUCUUUUGCAAAUGAAGCAAUCUUGGAGAGGUGACCAACUUUCCCUAUUUGGGUACUAAGAUGAUUUCAAGUACGAUGAUGCAUGCUAACACACCGCGGUUUUUGUAUAUGAAAUACUGUACAACAUCAUCUCUUUCCUUUGUGAAUGUAUAUCAAUGUUUCUACCUAAUAAUAUUACUUUAAUUAUUUUUAGUUUA